AUGGAGCCAGAUCUUCUGACUCUUGAUGCCGAGCGUAAAACUCAUCCCGUGAGAGCCAACAUGAAGGGUCCGCAUUCGAAUGUGGAGAUGCCCCAGGUAGAUGCGGAUUUAUAUGGGUCAGGUAACGGGGGACUGCCGUCUGCGGAUAGUAACGUGAAUGCAGACGCCGAUUUAGAUGGUGAUGCCAGUUCCAAGAUCGGCGGCAUUGGCAAAAUGGCUGGAUUCAAGGAAAAGGGUCCAAUUUAUCAUGAGAGAAUAGGCAAAGCAGUGUCGCCGGAGUUUGUUGGCGAUAUUGUGGGAGCCUGCCUCGCUGACUCACGCUGGCUUCGUUGCCAAAGCCGC